CGAUGUCUUCAAAAAAAAACGAAAGCAGGACCCGGAAGGUCCAAAAAACCAAAGGACUCAAAACAAUCCGCUCAUGUAACCGAGGAGUCGCAGGACGACAGCAUAAGCCAACUACUGGGCGUCACUAUAGCCGCUAUCAACGCUACCAAAGACCUUGUGCCCAUCGAUCUCGCGAAAGGCAUCCUCAGAACAAUUGCAAACAUUCUGACUCUUGCGCAGUCAGUAAUCAAAAACAAGUCCGAUUUCCAGGCGAUAGCCGACAAAUCGGUAAAUCGUAUCAACAGUGACGUAGCAUCAUCGAAGGAGCAAGGAUUGUGGAGGAGGCUCUUCAGUGAUUUAGAUCGCGUCCUUGGACUUUUCAAUUUUGAAGCGAUCGCUGGCAUGGGGAUUGACAUGAAGCUUGUAAAGAAGGCUUUAGAACUCAUAGGCAACAAUCCUAGUAUCAAUGUCCCAAAGAAUCGUCAAAUCAAGCCACCAUCACGGCCUGCCAUGCUGUAUGGCCGUGACGAUCUUGUGGCAGAGUUGACGAACCUUGUCGUCAAUGAUGAGCAUCUGGCGUUGAUUGGCCCUGGGGGAAUGGGAAAGAGUUCUGUGGCCAAAGCCAUCAUCAACGAGCCGCUCGUCAUAAAGAAAUUUGCUGAUCGGCGCUUCUUUGUGACUUACGAUGACCUGGAUCCUUCGAUCAUCACUUUCGAAACUUUCAUGACUCGUUUCGCAAGAGCCCUUGGCAUAGAGAUCGCCGGCUCUGAUCCUGUGCGCCAGAUAUCUUCCUUUCUUGAUUCUGCCUGCGCCCUCCUUGUCCUCGAUAAUGCUGAGACUUUCGAAGAAGCCAGUGCAUCGUCGGCGCUCAGAGACAUACCGCCAGCCAUCGCCAAAAUCACUAGUGUCCCUGGCGUCAUUCUGAUCCUGACGUCACGCAGUAGAAGGAAUGCACCGAACGUACGAUGGAUUACCAAGGAUAUUCUGCCACUGGACUUGAGCUCUGCUCAAGUGAUGUUUUUUCAAAUUUAUCAGUGUGCCAGUCGUAGCGAAGCUGAAGAAGACAUCAAGGGCCUGCUGAAGGAAUUGGAUUUUCACCCCCUUUCCAUCAACAUACUCGCAAACGCUGCGCAACAAAAUGGUUGCAAGGUACUCGAUGGUGGCAAGGGGAAGCUGCAAAGCUUAUCCGACACCAUGCAGCUGUCGCUCAGCUCUCCGUCGGUCCAGAACCUUGGCAAAUAUGGUCUUCGUGCUUUAGCCAUCAUUGUGUUCUUGCCCCAGGGUCUCAACGAGGACCUGGCUAGUGAUUUGUUACCAUCACUCCCGCAAGUUGACGCUAUAUGUGAUGUUUUAUGCAUGCAAUCCCUCGUUUAUCGUCAAGAUAACUUCUUCAAGAUGCUCGCCCCCAUUCGGCAUUACAUGCGAGAUUCGUUGCAAGCACCUGACCCCACGUGUUUGCAAGAGAUACGUGCUUUCUACUAUCGCACUGUCCGACGGUGUUCAGACAAACGAGAUAGUCAUGCUGAUAUCAUUAUCUCGGAUCACCUUAACAUCGAGCACGUAGUUGCUGUCAACCUUGCUCACAUCCAAGAUGACAAGAAAGAGACCUAUGACAUUUGUUGGCGGUUUUUGUGGUGUUUGAUGAAGCAUCUGCCUCGCCCGACUACCCUUACCUCUGCUAUCUCCAACAUCGUCGAGAACUCAUCCAUGUGGACGCUAAAAGCAAACUGCUUGUUAACUCUUGCGCAGCUCUACACCACACUUUCUCAGCUCGUCGAAGCAUCGCAGGCCUAUCAAGCUGCCGAGGCGCUCUACCUCACCGCCGGCGACCCCGAGAGGAUGGGGCAUUGUCUUAUAUCUCGUGCAAGCUUGCUGUGGGCUCAAGGUCGCUUUAUUCAGUCCCAGAAUCUUUUAGAGGACCUUCAGCACUCCGAUUCUUGGCAUUCUCUCAGCGAAACAAUGAAAGCCAAAGCUUGGUAUUUCUUCGAUAAUGCCCGGAUGUAUACAUUCACAGCAUCUGCGGAUGAAUUAUUUGUGAAGUCCAUGGAAGAUCCCGUCUGGGGCUUGGCAUCCAAGAUUUGGCACUGGCUGGCCAAAUUUUAUCAUGGGGGAGAUGUUGUCCAGGUGAAGACGCACCUCAAAGACCUGUCCAUGCAGCAUGCAGGUACUGGAGAUACCGCAAUCCUCGGAGUCCUACUCCAGGGCCUUGCAGACAUUGCAUAUUGCGAAGGCAGAUUGUCUGAAGCAAUGGAUAUCGUACAGAAAAUCAUAGGGAUGGAUGGACAAUCUGCAGGAGGUGUCCUUUGGUAUACCGUAUGGAAGGCUCAUGUUGUGAGCAAGCAAGGGGAUUAUAACCUGGCGAGGGAGCUCGUCCUUAAAGCCUUCGAAUCCUUCCAAUUCUUUUCACUGCGCAAUUCACGCACAUUCCUCCAUCAAUCUUACGGUUCCGCAUGCAUCGAGCUCACUGCAGGCGAGUGCGACAGGGCCGAGACUUAUUUCACCACCACGAUCGAAGCCUGCGACAUACAAAGCAAUUUGCUGCUCAAGACAUGCAGCAUACGUGGUCUGGGGGAGAUUGCAUUUGCGCGUAGGAAUUUUGCUCUAGCCACACAGCGCUUCGAAGAGACACGGUCUUUGUGCGCUGAGAUGGGAGUGCCUCCCAAGCAUUUAUACAGUUUCUCGCCAUUCAGUACUUUACCAGACAGAUUCGAAGGAUGGGCAUUGUUUUUAGAGGGCCAGUCGCCAUUUGCGGAUGUGAUGUAGCUCAUGAUAUUCAGUAAGGAUCCGUUGUACGCCAGGUUGUGUCUUUCUUGUCUCAUACGAUUUACCCAGAGCAGUUUAAUGACCACAUAUAUAUGCCAUGACAUGAAUAAUAUGGACCGUCUACACCAG